UUACUCAUUAUCCAAUAGGUGAUCACCAAAUUCAUACUUUUUAUAAACAGGGUGAGAGAGGAAGGAUAUAUAAUUCGACUGGACGUGUAAGUGUCAGCAGAAUCAAGGCAACAUGCUUCCAUUCAUUUUGGCAUCGGUUCUCAUCGCUGGCGCUUUGGGGUGUGGUGAUCCCCCCAUCAAGCCCCUCACCACCCGUGUGGUCAAUGGAGUGGAUGCCAUUCCUCACAGCUGGCCCUGGCAGAUCUCUUUGCAGUACCUGAAAAAUUCUGAGUGGAGACACACUUGCGGAGGAUCGCUGAUUGCCACCAACUGGGUGAUGACCGCUGCACACUGUAUCAACAAGCAGAACACCUACCGUGUGUAUGUGGGAAAAUAUAACCUGGUGGAGGAGGAGGCUGGAUCCGAAGCAAUGACUCCUGAGAAGAUCAUUGUUAACGAGAAGUGGAACCCCAUCUUUGUCGCUUUCGGGUUUGACAUUGCCCUGAUUAAACUUACUGAACAUGUGACCCUGAGCGACCCGAACUACCCCUGCUACAUUACCGGCUGGGGCAGAAUUUCCACUGGAGGUCCCAUCUCUGAUAAGCUGCAGCAGGCUUUGAUGCCCAUUGUUGACCACGCCACAUGCUCCAAACCUGACUGGUGGGGUGCUUUGCUGAAAGACACUCUGCUGUGCGCCGGUGGUGACGGCAUCGUCGCUGGCUGCAAUGGUGACUCUGGAGGUCCUCUCAACUGCCAGAAUGCUGAGGGUUUGUGGGAAGUGCAUGGCAUUGCCAGCUUUGUCUCAGGCCUCGGCUGCAACUACGAGAAGAAACCCACUGUCUUUACCCGAGUGUCUGCCUACAAUGACUGGAUCGACCAGGUUAUGAUUAAUAACUAAGACGAUGAACUCAACUCAAUAAAUCAUCUAGAGCUAA